CAAAGUUUUGGGCGGACGGUCCAGGCUCCUCCCUCUGGCUGGGCCGCGCCGGGAAGAAGGAGAAGAGCCGGAGGAAGGAGGCUGCACGGGCCGGAAAAGUCGGCGCAGCGCGCUGCGCCCCUGGCCCGCCCGGGCCGGGAGUCCUGCGUCGCGGACCCGGCGGGGCUGCAGCGCCGGGCGGCGGGCCGGGGCUGCGCGCGGCGGCGGCGGCGGCGGCGGCGGCGGUGGCGGCCGGGAUGCGGCGGGCCGGCCGCCUGAGCGCCCCCGAUGGCCCGCGACGCGGCGACCUGCGGGAGCGACGCGCGGCUGCAGCUGGGCCGGGACGCCGCGCGGCCGGUGCCCGCGCUGCUCGUCCCCGCGGUGCUUCUGGGCGCUGCCCUCGGCCUUGGCCUCGGCCUCUGGCUCGGCUGCCGCGCCGUCCGCCCGCGCCCGCGACACCAGAAAGACGAUACUCAGAGUCUGCUCCAGAAUUUGGAGUCUAACGUGCAGACCCCGCCAGAAGCCGGCUCCCCACCCAGGAGGAGGAAGAGAGAAGCACAGACUUCCAAGGACGAGGCGGCCCUGGACGAAUGCAGGCCGCCUUUCAACAGCAACAUCACAGCGUUUGCACUGAAGGCAAAAGUCGUCUACCCCAUCAAUCAGAAGUUCCGGCCUCUGGCCGACGGCUCCUCCAACCCGUCUCUGCACGAGACCCUAAAGCAGGCGGUCUUGCCGAACCAGCCGGUGGAGGCGUCCCCUUGCAGCAGCCUGGGGAGCCUGAGCCAGGCCGAGAAGGACGACUGCAGCUCCUCGUCCAGCGUCCCCUCGGCCGCCAGCGAUGACAGAAUCCUCGGCCGCACCUUCCUGGGGGUGAGGAGCUUCCCCGAGGCCCUGACCUGUGAGAGCGUGGACCUGGACCUGUGCAUCCUCAACCUUCACCUGAAAGACCUGCUGCGUCUGGACGAGGCGCUGAGACAGGAGAAGCACGUGAUGUUUAUUCAGAUUUUAAAAAUGUGCCUCCUUGACCUUCUUCCUAAAAAGAAGUCUGAUGAUGAAUUAUACCAGAAGAUUCUUUCAAAACAACGCAAUAAUCUGGAGGAAUUGGAAAAGAGCCUUCAGGUCAGACUGUCGAACACAGAGGCCCUGGGUGCUGGCGACUCUGAGGAUAUCACCCUGGCCGACGUGGAAAGGAAGGAGAGAGAAUAUUCUGAGCAGCUGAUAGCUAACAUGGAAGCUUUCUGGCAACAGAUGGAAAGCAUCCAGCACUUUCUGGUGGACCAAUUUAAGUGUUCCAGCUCCAAAGCCCGACAGCUCGCGAUGACUCUGACAGAAAGAAUGAUUGCUGCCGAAGGGCUAUUGCGUGAUUCGCAGGAUUUGCACGCGCUGGACGCCCUGGAGAGGACGAUGGGGCGGGUGCACAUGGCAAAAACCAUCGAGUUCCUGAAGCUGCAGAUCCAGGAGGAGACCAAAUGCCGCCUGGCCGCCAUCUCCCGCAGCCUGGAGCAGCUGGCCGUCGAGGGGACGCUCUCCGGGCGCCAGAAGGAGGAGCUGCUGACCCAGCAGCACAAGGCCUUCUGGGAGGAGGUGGAGCACUUCAACAGGGAGUUUGUCCAGCGCGGCAAAGACCUGGUCACGGCCUCGCUGGUUCGCCAGGCGGAGGAGAUGACAAGACUCACGCUGGCCCAGCAGGAGGAGCGGGGGCGCCUCCAGGCCGAGAUGGAGCUGACCGAAGACCCCAAGGGGUUCCUCCAGGCUUUUCACGAGCUGCUGGAGAGGCAGAGGCUGAUGCAGAGUGACCUGGAGGAGGAGGGGGACGUCGGAGCCACCCAGGCCGUGGCCACGCUCUGCCAGGAGCUGUACCGCAGCGCCAUGGAUACGUUCCAGAAGUUCGUGGACGUCUUGUUCCUUCAGACGCUCCCCCGUGUGACCGGCCUCUCCCAGGCUGAGUGUGAGUACCUGAAGCAGGAGGCCCAGGAGAACGCAGCCCUGCAGCUGGGGAAGUCGGAUCGCUUCCGGAGUCAGCAGUGGAAACUCUUCCAAGAUCUCCAGGAGCAAGAAAAGCAGGUGUGGAUGGAGGAACAUACACUGUCAACUGUGCUGCAGACACACCUGCAGGAUGACCAUGAGAGCAUCAUCCACCAAGUCUUGGACCAACUUGGCGGGCUCAGUGAAGAGUCCACGCAGGGCAUCCUACAGGGCCAUGAGCUGCUCCUGUGCUCCGCUCUCCGGAGGCUGGCCCUCCGCGGCAGUGCCAUCACCACCCUGACACAGAUGAGGCUGUCGGGAAAGAAGAGCCUUCUCCAGGAGCUGCGUGAACAGCACGCCCUGGAGCAGGGCUCCUCCCAGUGUCUGGACGAGCAUCAGUGGCAGCUGCUCAGAGCCUUGGAGGCCCGCGUCCUGGAGGAGGCUAGCCGGCUGGAGGAGGAGGCGCAGCAGAUGCGGCUGCAGCUUCAGCAGCAGCUCCUGGCUGAGGCCCAGGAGGUCGGGCAGCUGCUGCGGCAGCACACGGAGCGAGCCGUCGGGCAAGCACUGCUGGGACACGCGCGCAACACGGCCUCCAGGAGCUGGGCCAGGGACAGGGAUGACUUCAAGAGAGCGCUGACGGAGGCGGCCACGGAAAGCAUCUACGUGACCAGCGCUGGCAUCGACCGGCUCGUGCAAGCGUAUUACCAGCAGAUUGGGAGGGCCAUGCAGGAGCACGAGGAGAGGGCGCUGCAGCAUCUGAAGACCCUACAGGGUGAGAGAACGGAAAAUUACAAGCUGCGGAAAAAGCAAGACCUCGGCGAUCCUGUGUCAGGGGCGGCGAUGGCGGGUGGAGUUCAGGAAGCCUCGGGACCCGUGCACCAGAGGCUCCUGUGACUGAGACCCAUCAGAUAAUCCAGGAGAAUCUCCAAUUUUAAACCGGCAGCCUUUAUCAGCCUGCGGAGCCCUGAGUGCCAUGUAACAUUCUCACACGUCCCAGGGGUUAGGGUGUGGACACCUGCGGGGGACGCAGGGCGGCCUACCACGGUCAUGGCCCGGCCUUCAGCACGGAGCUAUACGAUGUGAAAUUCAAACGCUUCUGGAAUCAGAACUCUCUUAGGAUGGCUGUUUUUUAAACAUCCAUUUCUGCGGUCAAAUUUGAGUCCAAACGUCAGGAGUCUGUGAGCUUAUGCCCCUGACAAGGUGACUCACCCCACAGCCAAGCGUCCCCUCCCUCCAGGAGGCAGCAGGGGGUUGGCAGUCCUGAAAGCCCCUGCUCUUGUGCAGGUUCGGGCCCCACCUGGUGUCCCAGCACAGCCUCUGUCCUCUGUGGGUGCUUGUCUGGGGCCCUUGUCACUCUCCUCCUGGCUUAGAGCCGCAGCCUCUGGCCUGACCCUGCUCAGCCUCCAGCUCGCUGCACCUGCAGCCAGACCACGAGGACAAGUCCGCCUGUAUCUCAGAUUCUCCUGGACCCUUGCAUGGUCCCCACAGGCCUUGAGGGUGAAGCCCUGCCCCUAACCCUGGCACCCAGGCCUUUCCUGGGCCGUCUUGUCACACCCCAGCUUUCUCAAGAGCUGGGUCCAUGGGGGCAGCAGACAGACCAGCAGGAUGACAGUCGAGAGUGACCAGGACUGGUGACAGAGCAGGGAUGGGACGGAGGCUGCUCACAGCAGGAAGCCACCUAGUGUCUAUAGUGGGCACAACAGGGACCCCCAAAGAUGCGUCCAUGUUCAAAUUCCUGAACCCACAUAUGUGCCCUUAUUUGGAAAAAGGGUCUUGGCGGAUGUUGUUAAGAUCCUGAGAAGGGGACGGCAUCCUGCAUCGUCCCAGUGGGGCCCAAAUCUAUUGGCAGCGGGAGCAGAGGGACAUUCGAUCUCACACGGAUGAUGCGACGCUGGAGCCAGAGUGGAGUGGUGCCGCCACAAGCCUAAGGUGCCAGCAGCCACCAGCAGAGGCGAGAAACAGCUUCAACCCUAGAACCUCCAGAGGGAGCAUGGCCCUGGGGACUCCCUGAAUGAAGAUUUCCGGGCUCCGCUGUGGGAGAAUAGAUUUCUGUUGUUUUAAACACCCUAGUUUUCCGUCAUUUGUUAGAGCAGCCCCAGGAAAGCAAUGCAGCUUCCUCGAGGGUGUGAGAGAGAACACACUGCAUAGCCCUGACCUCAGCUCCAUCAGUUAUUUGUUCAAUAUUCUCCCCUCCAGCUCAAAGUGGGGCCCCUUGAGGGCAGAGGCUGAGCCUCCUUUCAUAGCUGUGUCUUCAAAACCCAGCUUAGCACGUGGGAGUCCAGAAAUACUUCGAGAGAGAAAGGAAUGAAUGGAUGGAUGGUGGGGUUUUGCAGGAUGAAUAGGAGUUUGCCAAAGACAAAGAAGAGGAGAAAGAUGUUACCGGUAGAAGAAAGAGCAUGAGGCAAAAGCAGAUGGAAUUUUGUGCCUUCAGAUACACUCCAUGGAGAGCUGCCUGGUCAUGCUAAAGGCUAGCUUCGGCCUUCAGGUCUAGAAAUUUGGCCCCUUUCAGAAAAUCAGUCACAAGAUUGAAAAGAAGAAGCGAGAGAACAAUUAUAGAAACGGGGUGGGUGGUAUUGCAUGUUUCUGUUUGCUGAGGACCAAAGGAAGGUCAGCUGAGGAGGGGAGGGUAUUCAAAGCAGGAGGGGAGGGGUCUCUGCCCCUGAUAGGGAGGCAGGCUCUGUCCAGGACAGGGACCCUGCUCCAGCCCCGGCUCUGUCCUCUGCCACUGGCGGUAAUGAGGCUGCCAUCCUCAACUCUCAGGCUUCGCGUCCUAGGACCCAGGCUCCUGUCUUACAAAGGAAGGGCUUGGGCAGUUCUGAAAUUUUAAAUAGAGUCAGGUCCUUUCAGAAGCCUUGGGGUUAAAAUGAUUUUCUCAUACAAAGUGCCACUUGCUGCCCAGCCACUUUGCAGCAGUAGGAACUCGGGGCUGCGGCCGCCCCUCUGAGCUCCUCCCGAGCUUUUCUCCUCUCUGUCUUGUCCUUGUCACCAAGCCACCCUAACGUCAAGUGAAAAAUGCCCAUGUGCGACUCUAAACUCCAAGUUUUAAUCAGAUGGCGGCGUCUGCUUUUAUGAUGGGAGGGCUCGAGCCGUGGCCACGGUGUGUGUCCCCAGUAAAUCUUGCCCGCCCUGGCCAGUCUCCUCUCCCAGUCCCAAGGGCUCAAGGACGGCUCUCAGUCACCAGCUCCCACGACUCAGCGGGCUCCGGGGACAGGUCCGUGCUGUCUGAUGAGCCC